AUGGAAGCCGCUGCUUCCUGCUGCUGCGGAUUAUCUGCCGCAGCAGCAGCAGCAGCAGCAGCAAAGACGUGUUCUGUUCGCGGCAUCAGCAGCAUCGGCUUCCUUCCACGGGUCUGCCCCCCCAAGCGGCGGAUCAUCGCUUCUUCCAAUCGCUCGUCCUUCACUCUCCCCGUACGCAGCAGCAGUUCAGAGCCACCAAAGGCAUCUCCUUCUCCUCCUCGUCCGCGGCCAUCACAUUCGUCGUCAUCAUCGAAGACCCGCUUGCUCAGCGGCAGCAAUAGAAAGAAGAGGAGGGAAGUGGUAGUUGUGGUGGAGCAGAAGGAGAGAGAGAGGGAGGGGGAAGAAUGCUUGCCCUCCGCGGAGGAGGCGUCCAUCAGCGUCGGGACGAUCUACCAAAACGGGGAUCCACUGGGGCGACGGGAGCUGGGCAGGUGCGUUGUCGGCUGGAUCAGCCAGGGCAUGCGCUCCAUGGCCUCCGACUUGGCCUCCGCCGAGAUCCAGGGCGAGUUCUCCGAGCUCCGGCAACGCCUCGGCAUGGGCGGUGGCGCCGCCUCCAACGGCAGCGGGAGUCUCGCUUUUGUCAUCCAGGCGCAGCCCUACCUCUACGCCGUCCCCAUGCCCAAGGGCCUCGAGUCCCUUUGUUUCAAGGCCUGCACCCACUACCCCACUCUCUUUGAUCACUUCCAGCGCGAGCUCCGCGACAUCCUCCAAGGCCUUCAGCGCCAGGCCGUCUUUGUCGACUGGCGCUCCACCGAGUCCUGGAAGCUCCUCAAAGAAUUUGCUAAUUCAGCACAACAUCGAGCAGCAGUGCGGAAAUCACCCCAGGCUAAGCCUGUGCACAGUGGUCUUGGAAUAGGGCUGGAGAAAGCUAAAACAAUACAGGACAAUAUAAAAUACUAUGUGAAGAACAUGUCGGACCUCCUUCGUAUAGAGCGGGAUGCAGAGCUUGAAUUCACCCAAGAGGAGUUGAAUGCUGUUCCCACACCAGAUGAAAAAUCCAACUCACUGAGACCAAUUGAGUACCUUGUAAGCCACGGACAGGAGCAGCAAGAGCAGUGUGACACAAUCUGCAAUUUGAAUGCAAUUAGCUCUUCUACUGGAUUGGGAGGAAUGCAUUUGGUCUUAUUUAGAGUUGAAGGCAACCAUAGACUGCCCCCAACAACUCUGUCUCCAGGGGACAUGGUUUGUGUGAGGAUAUGCAAUAGCAGGGGUGCAGGAGCAACUUCAUGCACACAAGGCUUUGUCAACAAUUUAGGUGAGGAUGGCUGUAGCAUUACUGUGGCUCUGGAGUCCCGCCAUGGAGAUCCCACCUUUUCAAAGCUAUUUGGGAAGAGCGUGCGCAUUGAUCGUAUCCAAGGAUUGGCUGAUGCACUUACUUAUGAGCGCAAUUGUGAAGCACUAAUGCUGCUGCAGAAGAAUGGUUUACAGAAAAAAAAUCCAUCGAUUGCUGUGGUUGCUACAUUAUUUGGAGACAAGGAAGAUAUCAUGUUGCUUGAGCAGAAUCAUCUGGUCGAAUGGAGUCAGGUAAGACUUGAUGGGUUAAUAGAGAAAGGGAAGUUUGAUGACUCCCAAUUAAAAGCUAUUGCCUUGGGAUUGAACAAGAAAAGGCCUCUUUUAGCAGUCCAAGGACCUCCUGGUACUGGCAAGACAAGGUUGCUUAAGGAACUGAUAGCCCUUGCUGUUCAGCAAGGUGAACGUGUUUUUGUGACAGCUCCUACAAAUGCAGCUGUGGAUAACAUGGUUGAAAGACUCUCGGAUAUUGAACUGGACAUUGUACGAGUUGGAAAUCCAGCUCGAAUAUCUGCAACUGUGGCUUCAAAAUCAUUAGGAGAAAUUGUCAAUGAUAGGCUUGCAAAUUUCAAGAAAGAAUUUGAGAGAAAGAAGUCAGAUCUAAGGAAGGACCUUCGGCUUUGUUUAAAGGAUGAUUCACUGGCAGCGGGUAUACGUCAGCUCUUAAAACAGCUUGGAAAGACCUUAAAGAAGAAAGAGAGGGAUACCAUAAAGGAAGUGCUCUUAAGCGCCCAGGUGGUACUCUCCACUAAUACUGGAGCAGCUGAUCCUGUCAUUCGAAGGUUGGACAGCUUUGAUCUGGUUGUUAUAGAUGAAGCAGGGCAAGCAAUUGAACCAUCCUGCUGGAUUCCAAUUUUGCAAGGAAAGCGCUGUAUAUUGGCAGGUGAUCAAUGUCAGCUUGCUCCAGUAAUUUUAUCUAGAAAGGCCUUGGAAGGUGGACUAGGCAUAUCUCUUCUGGAAAGAGCAUCAGCUUUGCACGAAGGCAUGCUAGCCACAAAAUUAACAACUCAAUAUCGAAUGCACAAUGCAAUAGCCAGUUGGGCAUCCAAAGAGAUGUAUGAUGGACUGCUGCAAUCUUCACCAACUGUCUCCUCACAUCUUCUUGUUGAUUCUCCAUUUGUGAAGGCUACACGGAUAACUCAGUGCCCAAUGCUCUUACUUGAUACGCGAAUGCCAUAUGGGAGCUUAUAUGUUGGUUGUGAGGAACAUUUGGAUCCAGCUGGUACAGGCUCUUUCUAUAAUGAAGGUGAAGCAGACAUUGUCAUUCAACACAUCUUCCAUCUAAUAUAUUCUGGAGUCUCUCCAACUGCCAUUGCUGUUCAAUCACCUUAUAUUGCUCAGGUGCAGCUUUUGAGGGAUAGGCUUGAUGAAUUUCCAGAAGCUUCUGGUGUUGAGGUUGCAACUAUAGACAGCUUUCAGGGGAGGGAGGCCGAUGCUGUAAUUAUAUCAAUGGUCCGAUCUAAUAUGCUAGGAGCAGUUGGAUUUCUGGGUGACAGCAGGCGAAUGAACGUCGCCAUAACGAGAGCACGCAGGCAUGUUGCACUCGUAUGUGAUAGCUCAACCAUAUGCCACAACACCUUCUUGGCCAGGCUCCUUCGUCACAUCCGACGUUUUGGGAGGGUGCAGCACGCGAAGCCAGGUUCUUUUGGGGGAUCCGGACUGGGCAUGACUCCCAUAUUGCCCUCCAUCAAGUAAUUGCCUUACCUAAUCAUCAUUGAUGUCCAACAAAGUCUGCAAUUUUUUUUUUUCUCAUUAUUUUCAUAGAAGUCCAAAUUCAAUGGAUGUUUAUACAAAAGAAAAUCACUGUAGAUAUCAUUUCAACUUUCCCAUUCUUGUACAUGACAUCCAUUUCUAAUGGAAGGAUUCAAUUAGGUACACAUAUAUUUAAAUUUGUUGUUAUUUUGUUCUCUCCA